AGUGGACCAGACAUUCGAGAGUUCGAGCAUGCAAAUGUUAUUAAAGGAGUGUACUUCACUUGUGAACUACUGGGUGGUGAUGAAGCAAUGACCAAGCCUGAGUUGAUGGAAGCCAUUGAAGAUUUUCUGAAAGCACAGUUGCUCUGUAAGGAUGAGGAUGCGGUUGUUCCUGCCGUUCUGCUUCUGUACUCUGUGAACAAAAAGCCUGUCAGAGAGGUAAGUAUGUUGAUCAACCUGCAGUGCUUGCUUUAG